GUGUUUGCUGCUGUAAUACUGUUGCCUGGCACGGUCGAAACACAGGGAACUGUCCCCCAGGACUGCCAGUUCUGGUUGAAUAUAACCUGGUAAUGUUCUGAAAGAUGACCAUCUGUUUGCAACUUGUCGAUUCACACCAAUCCUGUGUGAAUUUACAAAGGAAUUCAGUUCCUCAUUUCCUAAUUGGUUUUAAAUCCCUACCUUGAGAUUGGAUUACAUAGCUGGCAAAGGAAAUGGACACCGUAACCCACAUUGCCAAGGAUGAACUAGAAGAGCUCCACGAGGCUUUUAAAAAAGUUGACCUCAACAGCAAUGGCUACAUUAAUGACUCUGAGCUCCAUGAUCUUUUCCGUGAAGCCAAUGUUUCAUUGCCUGGCUUCAAAAUACGAGAAAUCGUUGAAAACCUCAUGAUCGAAGGGGACAAGAACAAAGACCGCAGGAUCAGCUUUGAUGAGUUUGUUUCAAUUGUUCAAGAUUUGAAAAACAGUCACGUUGCUAAAACAUUCAGAAUGGCCAUCAACAGGAGAGAGGGAAUCUGUGCCAUUGGUGGGACGUCGGUUCAGUCCAGUGAAGGAACUCAACAUUCUUAUUCAGAGGAAGAAAAGUAUGCAUUUGUUAACUGGAUAAACAAAGCCUUGGAGACUGAUCCUGAUUGCAAAAGUGUGCUACCUAUGGAUCCCAAUACAGAUGCUCUGUUUAAAGCUGUUGAUAAUGGCAUUGUACUGUGCAAAAUGAUUAACCUCUCUGUGCCAGAUACAAUUGAUGAAAGAACAAUCAACAAGAAAAAACUCACAGCAUUUACUAUUCAGGAAAACCUGAAUCUUGCUCUGAACUCUGCCUCUGCCAUUGGUUGUCAUGUUGUCAAUAUUGGCGCACAAGACUUGAGAGAAGGAAAGCCCCAUUUAGUCUUGGGACUUUUGUGGCAGAUCAUCAAGAUUGGGCUGUUUGCUGACAUCGAACUUAGUAAAAAUGAAGCCCUCGUUGCUUUGCUUCGUGAUGGAGAGAGCCUGGAGGAUCUGAUGAAGUUAUCUCCAGAGGAGCUGCUGUUACGGUGGGCGAAUUACCAUUUGGAGAAUGCAGGCUGCCAAAAAAUCAGCAAUUUCCACUCUGAUAUUAAGGAUUCAAGGGCUUACUUCCACCUCUUGAAUCAGAUUUCACCAAAAGGCAAUAAAGAAGGUGAACCACGUAUUGACAUCAACAUGUGGGGCUUGAAUGAGAAGGAUGACCUGAAGCGAGCUGAGUACAUGUUGCAGGAGGCAGACAAACUGGGCUGCAGACAGUUUGUCACUCCAGGAGAUGUUGUCCAAGGAAACCCGAAACUGAACUUGGCUUUUGUUGCCAACCUAUUCAAUAAAUAUCCAGCCCUUCAGAAGCCCGAAAAUCAAGACAUUGAUUGGAGUCUGCUGGAAGGUGAAACUCGUGAAGAAAGAACCUUCCGCAACUGGAUGAAUUCACAAGGUGUAAAUCCAGCAGUUAACCAUCUUUACAGUGACUUAGUAGAUGCCCUGGUGAUAUUACAACUGUAUGAAAAAAUCAAGGUCCCAGUUGACUGGAACAAAGUGAACAAGCCACCAUAUCCCAAACUCGGUGCGAAUAUGAAAAAGCUGGAAAACUGCAAUUAUGCAGUUGACUUGGGAAGGAAUCCAGCGAAGUUUUCUCUUGUGGGAAUUGCUGGAAAGGAUCUGAAUGAUGGAAACUCGACACUAACUUUAGCUUUGGUCUGGCAGUUGAUGAGAAGGUAUACAUUGAAUGUUCUUGAAGAACUGGGUGAUGGUCAGAAAGUCAAUGAUGAUAUCAUUGUCAACUGGGUGAAUAAGACAUUAAAAGAGGCAGGCAAGAAAACUACCAUUCAGAGUUUCAAGGACAAGAACUUAAGCUCAAGUCUGCCUGUACUGGAUUUGAUUGAUGCCAUUCAACCAAAUUCUAUUAACUAUGAUCUGGUGAAGACUGGAGUCCUUUCUGAUGAGGACAAGCAAGAAAAUGCCAAAUACGCUGUAUCAAUGGCCAGAAAAAUUGGAGCUCGUGUAUAUGCCCUUCCAGAGGACCUGGUUGAAGUGAAGUCUAAGAUGGUUAUGACUGUUUUCGCCUGUCUGAUGGGCAGAGGAAUGAAGAGAGUGUAAAAAAACAAAAAAAAAAUUAAAUUACAAAGACAAAUGUCACCACGUGCAAGUGAUUGGCCUUUCAGAUAUUUCCAGGUUGAAAUAUGCUGCUGGCAGAACUAAGUUUGUAUUUCUAUUUUCCAAGACUAGAACAAGCUGCUUGGGGAGGAGAGAAUUGCGCAUAUUACUUUCCCUGAAGUGGUAAUAAUUUAGCAAGGUACACCAUGAAAUGCGUUCAUAUAUAAAUACAGAAGAUGCUGACCUGCAUUAUACGACCAUCAUCCUGUUAUCUUGCUCACUUAGAAUGUUGGUCACUGAUAUUGUGGUUGGACAUGGACUGUGCUGGGUUUCUUUUAAAAAGUUGCUUCAAGGCAUUUUGGGAAUCAAUGUUUAUUGGGCGGUGUUAAAUUUUUGAAUGAAAACUAAAGUUCUCACCUUACAACGAGAUUGACAAUCACUAUCCUUUGUUACAUUGCACAAAAUUCUGAUAUUGUUCAACACAAUUUGUGGGAAAGAUUUGCUGAUUUUAAGCUUUCUGCUGAAGGCUCCCAGACCAAAAACAUUCACUUUUUUUGUUUUUUUUUUGGCUUUACUGAUGACAGACAUAUGUAGCUGAAGCAUUUUCUGUGUAUUUUAAUUAUUGGUUAAGGCUACAUAGCCCACGACUCUCCAUUCCAGGUAUAGGCUUCAGUGCAUUCCACAGCCAAAGUAAUAAUGAAUCGUUUUACUACGUAUCUUGAUAUCUUUUAAAAUUUGCUUUUAAGAAGAAAAAGUAGCAUCAGAGAUCAAUACAUUUUAUUUAAAAAUAUUAUGCAAUCAUUUUAUGCCAUAAAGUGCCAAAGUUCUUUUUGCUUAGAGAACUUCUUCAGUUUGGGAAAGUAGGACUUUUGCAGUUCGUGGGGUCAUUACCAGGUUCCCAGAGUGGAAAAUCCUGAGAUCUCUGGGGUGUGUUUUGAAGUCCUGGAAUUUGAUGUUUGCUAAUCUAAAUUUUUAACAGCUCAGUAAAGCUUUCAUUAAUAUAGUGUGGACAUGGUGGCAAGAAGUGGAUGAAAAUAAAAGUUUUGAUAUCUACGA